GAUCUCUUCGCUGUAUUCUUAAUUCUUUUUAUCUCUCCGCAAAAAACGUCGUCGAAUGUAAUUGCGGCGUGUGUGCACGAUACGUGAGAUGUAUGUGUAAAUUGAAGGUCCAUUGUAACUUUGCAGAAAAGAUUUCUGUGAAAUAAGACACGUCAUGGAUGGAAAAGUGUACACCGAAAAAGUCGAAAAUCCCAGAGCGAAGGCGAACAUCUUCAGCAUCUUGACGUUCUCUUGGAUCCUACGCAUUUUCUGGGUGGGUUAUCGCCGAGAUCUUGAAGUAACUGAUUUGUACACCCCGCUUAAAGAACAUACAAGUGGUAUUCUUGGUGUUAAAAUAGCGAAGGCCUGGGAGAAAGAAUGCGAGGCGUAUCAGCAUCGGCUGGAGCAGGUCGCGAAGAGCGGAACGCAGAAGAAGGUCAAAGAGCCCAGCUUGAUGAAAGUCCUCAUCAAGUGUUUCGGCUUCCAGACCUUAUUAUACGGGAUCUUUAUGGCCGUUAUGGACAUCUUGCUUAGGGUGCUGCAACCAUUACUGUUGGGUCAGAUGUUACUUUACUUUAACACCACGGACGUCGACAAGUCCUACGCGUAUGGAUACGCUGUUGGAGUCAUUUUGUGCUCCGCUCUUAACGUGUUCGUUAUCCAUCCGUACACGAUAGGUAUGUUGCACAUGGGCAUGAAAGUCCGCGUGGCCUGCUGUUCACUAAUCUAUCGCAAGACGUUGAAGCUGACCAAAACCGCGCUGGGCGAGACUACAAUCGGCCAGGCAGUCAAUUUGCUGUCUAAUGAUGUUAACAGAUUCGAUGUCAGUAUCAUAUUUCUCCAUUAUCUAUGGCUCGGACCUUUGGAAACCAUCAUCAUGACGUACGUAAUGUAUGACGUGAUCGACGUCGGAGUAUCGUCUGUCAUCGGUGUCGCUUUUUUGCUGAUGUUCAUCCCUUUACAAGGAUGGUUGGGCAAAAAAUCGUCAGAACUGAGAUUAAAAACCGCCAUCAGGACCGACGCAAGGGUGCGAUUGACGAAUGAGAUCAUAAGCGGAAUUCAAGCCAUCAAAAUGUAUACCUGGGAGAAUCCGUUCAGCGCGCUCAUACAAAAAGCAAGAAAGAAAGAAGUUAAUGUCAUCCGAUGGGUUUCGUACAUUAGAGGUGUCACCAUGUCGUUCAUCAUGUUCACCACGAGGAUGUCGCUGUUCAUCACAGUGCUGGCUUACGUGCUGUUCGGUUACAAGGUUACAGCCCAGAAAGUAUUCGUAGUAACUGCCUAUUACAACAGCUUACGCACAACCAUGACUGUUCUCUUUCCGCAAGGAAUAACACAGGUAGCGGAAGCGAGAGUGUCCAUAAAAAGAUUGCAGAAGUUCUUGAUGUAUGACGAAAUGACAGCUUCUGAGAGCGAAGCAAAGAAGUAUAAUAAAGAAAAUAAUAAGGAGGACACAAAAGAUGACAAGAAUGCAAAGGAGUCUAAUCAACAGGACAUGAAGGAGAACAAUAUAGAAAAUUUGAAGGAAAAUUUCGCGCAGAAAAAAAACGAUGUGCAAUUACCGAACAAUGUCGAGUACAGCAUCUCCAUCGAAAACGGAAACGCUAAGUGGCUGGAUUAUGAACGAGAAGACACCUUGCAGAGAAUCAACAUGAAAGUGCGUCCUGGUGAAUUGAUCGCUGUCGUCGGUCAGGUCGGCGCAGGCAAGAGCAGUUUAUUGAACGUCAUUCUGAAAGAAUUGCGUUUGCAAGAAGGUUCCAUUAAAGUUAACGGCAAGAUUGCCUAUGCCAGUCAAGAACCGUGGCUUUUCGCAGGUUCGGUGAGACAAAAUAUUCUGUUUGGAAGAAAGAUGAAUCAGGUCCGAUACGAUCGUGUAACUAAAGUGUGUCAGUUAAAGACAGACUUCAAUCUGCUACCUUAUGGUGAUAAGACGAUUGUAGGCGAGAGAGGUAUCAGCCUUUCUGGUGGCCAACGUGCUAGAAUAAAUUUGGCGAGAGCAAUUUACGCUGAUGCCGACAUUUAUCUCAUGGAUGAUCCUUUGAGCGCCGUAGACGCUCAUGUGGGCAAACAUAUGUUUGAAGAAUGCAUCGAUAAAUAUUUACGAGGCAAGACUCGGAUUCUCGUCACUCAUCAAUUGCAAUAUCUACGCAACGUCGGUAGAAUUAUCGUUCUAAAGGACGGUGUCAUCCAGGCUGAAGGCACUUAUGACGAGCUAAGAUCCAUGGGUGUGGACUUCGGUCGAUUGUUAGAAAAUCAAGCAAAAACGGAUGAAAAAUCCUCUCAACCUCCCUCGACUACCGUUAGCCGCAGUAAUUCUCGUACCAGCAUCUCAUCACUGAGUACUGUCAUGACGAAUGAUACAUCGAAACAGGAACCCCAUGAGAUGGCUGAAAUGCGAACGGUAGGCAAUGUUUCCGGUAAAGUAUACACGGAUUACUUUCGUGCUGGUGGCAAUUGGUACAUUAUAUUCAUAGUGGCUAUGCUUUGUAUAACAGCACAAUUUGCGGCUAGCGGCGGUGACUUUUUUCUCGCUCAAUGGAUUAAUAUAGAGGAAAACUAUAUGAACGAAACGGACGACGGUGUUGUAGAAAACUCAAAUAGUCCUCUCACCCGCAUGCAGUGCAUCUACAUUUACAGUGGGUUGAUUGUGCUAACAAUCAUCAUCACCCUCAUCCGCUCAUGGACGUUUUUUUGGACAUGCAUGAGGGCUUCAAUGUGUUUACACGAUCGCAUGUUUCGCAGCAUCAGUCGCGCCACUAUGCGAUUCUUCAACACUAAUACAUCGGGACGUGUACUCAAUCGCUUUUCCAAAGACAUGGGAGCGGUUGAUGAGAUGCUGCCCGCUGCGUUUAUUGACUGUCUUCAGAUCGGUAUAGCGCUGCUGGGUAUUAUCAUUGUGGUAGCCACCGCGAACGUGUGGCUGCUGAUACCCACGGUGCUAAUUGGUAUUGUCUUUUAUUACAUGAGAAUCUUCUAUCUGGCCACCAGUCGUAGCGUCAAGCGUCUUGAAGGCAUCACACGUUCGCCGGUCUUUGCUCACCUGAGCGCGACACUUCAAGGGUUAUCGACGAUUCGCGCGUUUGGGGCGGAAACGAUUCUCACGAAGGAGUUUGAUAAUUACCAGGAUAUUCAUUCGUCCGCAUGGUAUAUCUUUAUCUCGACCUCGCGCGCCUUCGGUUUUUGGCUGGAUGUUUUCUGCGUGCUGUAUAUCACGUUGGUCACGCUGAGUUUUCUCGUGCUAGACAACUACAGUCAAGGUUCAAUGGAUGGCGGAUAUGUAGGCCUGGCGAUCACGCAGAGUAUCGGUCUCACCGGGAUGUUCCAGUGGGGCAUGCGUCAGAGCGCAGAAUUGGAGAACCAAAUGACUUCGGUGGAGCGUAUCCUUGAGUACAACAAAGUGGACAGCGAGCCUCCUCUCGAAAGUGCUCCUGAUAAAAAACCCAAGCCCGAAUGGCCGCAGGAAGGCAAGAUCGAGUUCAAGAACGUGUUUUUGCGCUACGCACCGCUGGAGCCGCCGGUACUUAAGAAUCUCAACUUUAUUAUCUUUCCGCGGGAGAAAAUUGGCAUCGUUGGUAGGACCGGCGCUGGCAAGUCAUCCUUAAUCCAGGCACUCUUCCGCCUGUCCGACAUGGACGGUCUGAUUGAGAUUGAUGAAGUCGACACAAACCAGAUCGGCUUGCACGAUUUGCGUUCCAAGAUCAGUAUUAUCCCUCAAGAACCGUUCCUAUUUUCUGGCAGCCUAAGACGGAACCUCGAUCCGUUCGACUCGUAUAUGGACGAACCACUAUGGCGAGCUCUUGAGGAAGUCGAGUUGAAGGAGAUGGGCUUGGAAGCCCACAUUAAUGAGGGCGGUUCCAAUCUCAGCGUCGGCCAACGACAAUUGGUCUGCUUGGCGCGAGCUAUUGUGAGGAAUAAUCCAAUACUCGUACUGGAUGAGGCGACCGCGAAUGUGGACCCGCGAACAGACGAAUUCAUUCAGACAACUAUCAGGAAAAAAUUCGAGAAGUGUACAGUGUUAACGAUUGCUCAUCGACUCAACACUGUUAUGGAUAGCGAUCGUAUCUUGGUGAUGGACGCCGGUAACGUGGUGGAAUUCGAUCAUCCUCACGUGCUGCUGCAAAAAGACACGGGCUAUCUGAAGAGCAUGGUGCAGGAGACCGGCAAAGCGAUGGCGGAGGUUCUAACUUCCGUCGCUCAUAACUGUUAUCAGAAUCGUGGAUUCACGGCAUUUUGAUGUAUCCACGAGUUAACUUCUUGCAAUUGCGUCUGAUGAACACUAUGAUUUGAUCAUGAAGAUUCCGACAGUUUUUACAAUUAUUAGGCCAAAUUCUGAUUUUAAAAACAAGAAAAAAAAGUGGAACGCGCAGUUUGAGAAUUUAAAAUUCAUAAUCGUCUACUCUCUCACAUGUUUA